AUGACCUCCCUUCAGCUAGACACCAGCCCUUCGCCUUGGGGCAGCCCAUAUUGGAAAAAGCUUCCAAGUGAAGAGCUUGCUCGCUAUGAUCUACAGGCCCCGACAGAUAAAUAUUUUAUCGACAACCUCGAGCUACUCGUGGACAAUAUGGAAACGGCUCUCUAUAAGGGAUCGCUAAAGCUGCCCGAUAGCCCAGAUCUCGUCAAAGGCGUAGUCAAAACAGACUUCUUCGCCAAAGCUCUGCGGACGAGUGCUUUCAUCCAUGAAGCCGAUAUGUACGAGCUCCAUCUGUCUACCCUACAAGGCCUGUCGAUACCGUACUGUUACGGCCUAUUCCACCAUAAGGACAAGGAUGAUAAAGUCUCAUCUUUCCUUGUACUAGAGGAGUGUGGCGAUCUGAUUGAUGAUGUGAGCAGCCUAACAAACUCGUUCAAGCUGAAAGCACUCGACGCGCUAUAUAAAAUUCACUGCGCGGGGUACAUCCAUGGCGAUUUUUCUUUAAAUAAUCUCACCGUCAAAGACGGCCAACCUUUCUUCAUCGACCUGGAGACCGCUGAACCUCACAAAUGUGAAGUGACGGAGAGGAUCGUCGUUGGGGAGGAGAGGAGGGCGAUUGAGUGUGAUGAAAUCGACCUAUGCUGCAUGAUGCUGGAGAUUUGCGCGGACUGCACGAAGUUAUCUAUUCCCGUCUAUGACAUCCAACUCACCACCGUGUCUUCUCCAGCCAAAGUCAAAGUGGAGGGUCUUUGGUCUUUCAGAGAGCGCACCUUCGGAGAGAGAACAUAG